AUGAAAAGGCCGAGGAGCGCCUUGGAUGAUCUUCCGGACGAGAUUCAGCACAGCGAGCUGCUCUUCUUGGUGGAGCGGAUGAGGAUCACCGAGAGGCGCAACAAUCUGUGGUCCAUGGGCGAUCUUCCAGACGACGUUCUCAUCCAGAUCCUGUCCCUGCUCGCCUCCUCGCGCCAAUUGUAUUGGUGUAGCCUGGUGAGCAAGAGGUGGGCGCAUCUGGCAAGGCUAGUCACGCACUUCAGGUUGGAAUCGUCCGGUGAGCAUGAGCAACAGGGUCUCCUUUCCUGGUUUGGCAGCAGCAGCAGCAGCAAUCUCCGCUCCCUGUCUUUGACAGGUUCCUCAAAACAGCUAUGCUCUUGUCUUGACUGGCUACCGGUGAUUGGAAAAACCCUCCACUCCCUUACCAUCAGCGUCAGUGUCGAUGGUUUCUGGUCCAGCAUUCUCGCCUGCCAGCAGCUACGGUGCCUCCAUAUCAACGAUGGUGUCGAGCUUGGUGGCCCGCUCACGACCAAGGCAGCGGCUCCAAUCCUUCCCGCGCUCGUCUACUGCUUCAUACGCACACGCUUGGACGUGGCCACGACGAAGCACCUCCUCGAGUUGUGCCCCUCGCUCGUCUACUUCUGGCUGACCCAGCUGCUUGUGGAAUCGGCCGGGACGCAUAUGCUCAAGAGUCACAGCCUCGACUCCCUGGUGAUUCGCGCCCACAGGGUCCCCGGCAGGAGCGUUACCAACUUUUCUCUCGCGCUCGACAUGCCCAAGCUCCGGUGGAUGUCUGUCACCGUGGUACCGCGCGUGGAGCUCGCGCCGUCUACGUGCAACGUGGAAUGGGUGAAGCUGCAUGGGCAAGUGCGAAUCAUCCAGGGCUUGGUCAUGUCCAAGCUCAACAGGCUCACGCUCACCAAUACCUUCCGAGGCAAUGCCCACGUCGAGCGAAUUCUCGAGCCGUUUGUUUGCAGGAGGUCGAGCAUCAGUGGCAUCAAGCAGCUCGACCUGUUUAUGGAUUCGGCCGACUUCGAGCCCAGAUCCGUUAACCUCGCACAGCUCUUGGAGUCGUUCCAUGGCCUGGAGGCGCUUUACAUCUUUCGCCUCACCAUCAAGAGCUUGAGCCUUGCGGGGUGGAGCAGCAGGCGCGCGCCACUGCGGGUGCACAUUGACACCUCCUACUCGACUAAGCGGAUGCCAUGCUGGGACAGUGACGAGAUCGAGUUUGUGCAGGAGCUGGUGGUGAGCAGCAGCUGUGUGACGCAGCUGGAAGUAACAGGCGUUGUGUGCAUUGAGGAGCCGCCUGAAUUUCGGCCCCGGGUGCCUCCGGCGAUCGUGGAGCUGGGCACAGCGUUCCCCGGUCGUGUCAAGGUGCAUCCCAUCCGCUUUGGCAUGCCACCGCACUGCGGUAUUGUCUGGCGCUGCAUGAAGCCCAAGCUUGAUUCCGAGGCGCCCUACACUGCAAUCCACCACCGGUGCGCAGGUUUCGACGAGAAUGCGGAGGCGUGUGGCCGAAUUGCGGGAGUGAAGGAGCAAGCCCGGGUACAGUUCCAUCAUCUUUGUGGGGAUGCGACACAUCACAUCCACGCAGAGCUCCAGAUGAUCGAGAGCAAGCGUCGCCCGUCGCAUGUCUUUGGGCGACGCCACAGAGUUUGCGUCCAAGUGGCACAAGCUUGUUGGGAGGAGGAUGACAGAUCCGUGAAGGCUCAUAUCAAAGAUCUGUCUACGUCAAAGAACUUGAAGGAAGAUCGAGGGGAUCACUUUGACCAAGCUGUUCGUCUUGGAAAUAAGCUCGUUUACAAUCAAACAGUGAUCACUUUUUAA